AUGGCUAGUUUAUCCAGAAACACAUUUCUAUCAGACGCGUACGGGAUCGAUCUGUGCUUUGAUCUAGACGACGCGCUGACGCUGCCGGGGAAUGAAGACGGAUACCGGACUAGUUCAAUAACGUCGCCGGAAAGUGAUAGUGCUGGUGAUGCUUCGGUGGCGGACUUGCCGACGGUUGCUGCAGCGGAAGGUGUCAUUUGCUCGGUCUGUGUCGAAGGGUUUCGAGCAGAAGAAGAAGGAGGAGGUGGUCGAGGUAAGCAAGUCCCUUGUGGCCAUGUCUAUCACGAAACUUGCAUAGCAAAGUGGCUUUCACACUCGAACUCUUGCCCUCUCUGCCGCUCCACCGUCUUCCAUCCUCAUCAGUAA